AUGUUAAGAGAAAGAACUACAUCUUACCUACGACAUUUUCAUUUAGUUGUACAUUCCGAACAACAAAGAUUAAGUUUUCCGGUUUAUGUCAUUCAACAGGAAGAAUUAUCUCCUCCUGUACCACAACAUUUGGAAUCUUCCAAUGAAACAAAAUUAGAAAUAUUUCGCAACUAUUUACAGAAGAAAUCUUUCAAGUUCCAUCAUUGUAUUCCACUUUCAUUUUUAAUAUUAUGUCUUAUUGCUGCCAUCGCUUUACUUUCUUCUCUUGUAACUAAUACCACAAGCAUUGAACAAUGUCCAAUCUACGAUUGUUCCUUGAUGAAUACGACAACAUAUUCAACAAUAAGUAAUAUGACAACAUCGUAUAACUUAAACAUCAGUAAUGAUAUAUCAUUUGUCACCAAUUGGAAUACAUCAAUCAGUUCGACAGUAACAUCAACUAGUACAACAAUACUUGACAGAAAUUUAGUAUAUGGUGACAAUUGUAUUGACUAUGAGCAAUGUACACUAUCAAAACACUUAUUAUGCCAAUAUGAAUUUGAUUUAAAUCAAAAACAUUGUUUUUGUGAAACAACUUAUUUCUGGAAUAAAAAAACACAGCAAUGUGAACCAAAAAAAGACGUCAAUGAAAUCUGUGAAUAUGAUAAUGAAUGCCGUCUUGAUCUCGGUGUUACAUGUGACCUUAAAACGAGUACAAAUAUUGGACAUUGCCGUUGUAUGGGUGAAUACUACUGGUCAAAAAUUAGUAAUUGCGGAGCCUUGAAGAUCCAAGAUUUUGUUCAUUGUACUGAUGAAAUCUAUAUUUCAUCAUGUUUAGUAAAAGAAAUCGAUAAUGGUAUUUAUCAUAAUGUGAAUAUUCGACAAAUUCAAGAUGAUGAAAUUGAAUUUGAUUAUUUUAUUGUUGAUUCACCUGAAAUACAAGAAAUUGAACGUAUAGAAUGUUGUUGGUCGAUAAGUAAACGUUAUUGUUUUGGUAUUGACAGUGAAACAAAUCGAUUACUUAUUGUUAUUAUCGAUAUCAAUGGUAUAGAAUCAUAUCAUCAUAUAAAUCAAUCAGUUAUUGGCCUACCAAAUGUAUUAAGACAAGCUGAUAAUUCAGUCGUAUGUUACAUUGAAGGAGAUGAUUCAAAUUUAUUUUCUAUUACAAUUGAUCCAAAGAAUAAUGAUUUAUUAACUGUACAUCAACGCGGUGGAAAAACUUACGGCGAACGAUCAUGUUUUAUUGCAAUUAAUCGUACAACUUAUUGUUUUUAUCGUGAUAUUGAUCAUCAUUUAACCGUUGUAACUAUGAAUGGUACAACAACGGCACAAGAUGCUCAUAUGCAUAUUCAUUCAGAAACAAAUUUAAAAACAGGACCUUCUUGUGGUUGGGUAGGAGUGAAUAUUCUUUUAAAAUUAUAUUGUUUUACUGUAUUUAACGAUGAAAAAAUUCAUCGUAUUGAACAAAAAAAUAAUAUUUGGAGUAAUUGGAUGAUUAUGUCGUCAGAUAAAAUAUUUAUUCAACGUCCACUUUUUGUUACUUCAAAACCACCUGAGGAUGCAAGUACAGAUCAAAGUUGUCAUGUAUUAGCCAUCGAUACGAGUAAUGAAGUUUAUGUAAGUAGUAAUACUGACUGUACUCAUGAAACAUCAUUUUCAGCAUGGUCAUUACUUCAAACCGAUAUUGGUUUAUUAUCGUUCAAUGGAUCAUUUCGUUUACGUGAUGGGCGUAUUGGUGUUUAUGGAAUUGGUAUUGAUGAUUUACCAUAUUAUACAACAAUGAAUCCUGUGACACAUAGUUUUGAACCUAUUAAAUUAGCUACAACAUUUGAAUGA